AUGAGCAAGCUGUUCUACGCGUUUGCCGUGCUCGCAGUACAUGUACUUACUAGUAGCCCGACAACUGCAGCAUCUAACCUACCCGUUAAUCUGGUAACCGGCCCUGCAUUCACGACACCGGCUGGUGCUGCCCAUAGAAGAUUUCUUCGAUCCAUCCACGAGGGAGAGGACAGCUUGAAGCCAUCAGCGUUUUCUGAAGAACGCACAGCACUGAGAGCAAUGGAUUAUCUCUUGAAACCGAAGCAUAAGAAGCUCGCUGCGGCUCUAAAAAAAUCGACCUCGAAACACAAACUCAGUGUUGCUCCGGAGAAAAUGAAAUCAAUUCAGGUUCUAGGAGAUCCAAAGAAUCCGGAAAGAGAGUGGUUCAAGCGGCUUUAUAACAGCAAAAGGGGGGACCCACAAACGUUGAGGAAACUUGGACAGUUCAAGACCGAAGCGCAGCUUUCGCGGUAUAUCAAAUUCUACGUUGUUUGCAGAACUUGCAUCGCUUGUUACAGUAGUGGGCGGAGUGACUCAUGCCACCGCACACCGCGCAUGGUCCGUACUGUGGGCGUCGGUUGUCGCGAUUGA